AUGAAGAGCUCCGUUCUUCUCCUCACCUGGGCGGCCACAUUGUCCAAGGUACUGUGUGAAUAUGGAAUGGUUCAUGUAACAUCAGAGAAAAGUGGUGGCAGUGCCAAAGAUUACUGUAUUCUUUUUAAUUCUGAAUGGGCUCAUUUGCCUCACGACCUGACCAAAGCUGCCUUGCUCCAUCUUCAAGAUCAGACCGCAUCUGUUCUUUGUUCCCCUGCGGAUGUCCCAGAUGGCGGCUUCAGUAAUCGUAUCCCUAUGGUAAUGAGAGGAAAUUGCACUUUUUAUGAGAAGGUGCGACUGGCGCAAAUCAAUGGAGCACGUGGGCUACUGAUCGUUAGUCGGGAGCGGCUGGUCCCUCCUGGCGGUAAUCGUAGUCAGUAUGAAGAAAUUGAUAUUCCAGUGGCUCUGCUUAGCUACAGUGAUAUGUUGGAUAUCAGUAAGACAUUCGGUCCUUCAGUGAAAGUGGCCAUGUAUGCACCAAAUGAGCCUGUUCUUGAUUACAACAUGGUUAUAAUUUUCGUGAUGGCUGUAGGAACUGUAGCCACUGGUGGCUAUUGGGCAGGUAGCAGAGAUGUUAAAAAGCGGUACAUGAAGCAUAAGAGGGAUGAUGGAUCUGAUAAGAAACAUGAUGAUGAGACUGUGGAUGUUACUCCUGUCAUGAUCUGCGUGUUUGUGGUUAUGUGCUGCUCAAUGUUGAUUCUUCUCUACCAAUUCUAUGAUCGCUUAGUUUAUGUAAUCAUUGCAAUAUUCUGUUUGGCUGCAUCCAUCGGUCUAUACAGUUGUCUUUUCCCAUUCGUCCGCAGAAUCCCAUAUGGAAAGUGCAGAAUUCCAGACAAUAACCUUCCAUACUUUCACAAUCGACCACCUCUGUGGAAACUCCUGUUGGCGUCAUUCUGCAUUGCUGUCAGUGUAUUAUGGGGAGUAUAUCGAAAUGAAGAUCAGUGGGCUUGGAUUCUCCAGGAUAUUCUUGGCAUAGCUUUUUGUCUUUACAUGUUAAAGACAAUCCGCCUACCCACAUUUAAGAGCUGCACUUUACUCCUGUUCGUUCUCUUUAUAUACGAUGUGUUUUUCGUGUUCAUCACUCCAUUUAUUACAAAGAGUGGGGAGAGUAUCAUGGUGGAAGUUGCUGCUGGCCCCUCAGAUUCAAGCACCCAGGAAAAGCUCCCAAUGGUUCUUAAAGUUCCAAGAUUAAACUCUUCACCCCUGGCCCUGUGUGACAGGCCAUUCUCUCUCUUGGGCUUCGGAGACAUUUUGGUACCAGGGCUUCUGGUAGCUUACUGUCACAGAUUUGACAUUCAGAUUCAGUCUUCAAGGAUCUACUUUCUAGCAUGUACCAUAGCCUAUGGUAUUGGUCUCUUGGUGACUUUUGUGGCACUUGCCCUGAUGCAGAGGGGCCAGCCUGCUCUUCUCUAUUUAGUCCCCUGCACACUGCUUACAAGUCUGACUGUGGCCCUUUGGCGAAAGGAACUACCUAUGUUUUGGACGGGCAGCGGCUUUGUGCAGAAAGACCUUCCAAAUCCUCCUCUGGUCCUAGCUCCCAGUGGAUCAGAGCCGGUAUUGGAACAGCACAGUGAGAAAGAAGAAGCUAACGUAAGUCAAGAAUGCCAUUCUACAGAAGAACAGCAGCAAGUGGGCACAGAGAAGGGCACAUUAGAUGCCACAGAGGAACAGACAUGCUCAAAUACAGAGAGGACAGUAUUAGAGCCCGAAGACCCUCUGAGCUCGGAAUCUGCAAAUAUGGCUGAAAAGCAAUUUCCCCCAGAUUUGGAAAGCCCUGGUGCAGAUGACUUGAAAAUCUCUGAUAAUCCAAAUGCUUGCUAA